CGCGAAGUUCUCGACACCAAAAUCAUUUCUAGCCACAGACAACAUACCCUGGACUGGAAUUCAAUACAGUCCAUUAACAUUCAUUUAUCAAUUAUCGAACUCAUAUAUUGUAGCGUGCUUGAAGUGUUGUAUAAGCUAAUUAAGAAGUUUGAACACUUUUUGGAAAAAACAACCUCAUUCUUAAUAGAUACCCCGUUUCGCGCCCUUCUUUUUAUGUAUAACAAUAUCUCAAAUGGGCAGUAUUAAAGAUGGAAACAAUCUCUGGGAGCAGGUUUUCAUGAACAGAAGAAUUCCUGCUGUAUUGCAAUAUGAAAGAUCCCUUCGGCAGGAGAUUGAAGAGAAACAGGUUGAGUUACGUCAAAUGGUCUGUUUAAACUAUAAAAGCUUUUUACAAGCAGCUGAGGGACUGUUUUACGUGAGUGACAAGUUGAAAGACAUCACACAAAAUGCUUCAGAUAUGUUUAGCAAAGUGAAUUCGGAAGGAAUGAGUACAGCGUCGAAAGUUUGGAAUGAACAUGUAGCCCCUGUGCCUGGAAAAAAUAUCACAUUCAAUUUUUUGGCGCAUUGCUUUCAUGCAGGGAGGAGUCUGCUUCUCAAGCAUCAGCUUUUGCCAGCUGUUCGACUUUAUCGUUUCUUGAGUCAGUAUUUGAAUGGAUUAAACACAAAUGAGGAAUCGAAGCGAGUCCUUUUAGUUCGUCUUCAAGCUUUGGAUGAACUGUUCCAUGAAUCUUUUGAAACUGAGCUCCGUGCCCGACAACCACCUGCCGUUCUUCUGUGUGCCUGGUCGCUAUAUAAUUCAAUUCCCGAGGAAGACUCGUUUCAAUACUACCUUGACAAAAAAACCAGCUUAUUACGGGAGAGCGACGAUCUUCUUCAAAAUUGUCAAGCUUUCUUAUACACUUGUCAUGUCUGUAAUAAGGAUGUUUUAGAGGAAACCGAGCGACUAAGACAUUCGUUAAACGAAAAAACUAUUUUCAAAGAUGAAGAGAUUCUACAAGCUCUUGGACCUUUACCUACGGAAAGUUAUAGACGUAUUUUUGACGAGGAAAUCCUCAGUUACAUACCAACUAUUCCAACGGAACGCAUGUCUACAACGAAGUUGGAGCAAAUGCUGAAUAAUUGGAAAGUCUCUACGCCACCGCUCUUUCUCGAUGCCCCACAAAGUACUGAAAAGCUUUCAUCACUCCAGCAGUACCUUGACCUUAUACGCUCACUUUUUCAAUCUAUCGAUUUGGAGUAUGAAGGAUUGUUUCAAGAACUUUGGAACUCUCAGUUACGUUCUUCCUUCCAAGCAAAGUUGGAAACUGUUAUAAACGAUAUGGUGAGUCGUGCAACGGAAUCUUUGUGUAAGGUUUGUACAGAUGUAUUGGAGACUUACCAGCACCAAAGCAAGGCUCCGUUUUCAAUCGAAACGGUUGAAUGGAACCUUACUAGUUUACGUGGUCAUUUUGCAUCUGUCUUGGGCUUUGAUGAUGCUUUAACAAAGAUUUAUCAAGAGCUUUUCGCUUUCAAUAACUCACUUGAGACUACAAAUUGCGCUUUGCAAGAAAUCCAAAGCUUAAAGUUUUCGGGUAUCACAACCAUAUCCUCUCCAUCUGCUUCCACCAAUCUGUUUAUUGGUUUGUGUGAACGUUAUGACAGUAUACUUAACGAUGCAUUCGAACUGUUUUUCAUAACUCUUCAGAAUCAGUAUCACAGCUCGUUGGAAAGAGUUUCGAAGGAAAGUAUCCCUUCUGUCAGUGUGCGCUUUUUGCGUUUGCUUCGGCAAUUAUACAAGUUUUCACACAUUAAGAGCAGAUUAACUGUUUUAAAGUUGGAUGAUUUGCAAGAGGAAGCAUGCCAUAAAUUCUGCACUUAUCUGCAAAACACCGUGACGGAAAGUUUCACUGAUGAUUUGAAAAAGGAGCUGGCUGAUAUUCCAGAAACAAGGGAUGAAGCCUCUGAUUUAAUUGCUAUAAAUCAAACAACUUCGGAAACUCUAUGGAAGGUAAUGCGCUCCAUUCAUUCAUUUGGCGUGGACAUUCUUUCUCCGCAAAUGAAACGCAUUCUAGCUGCGACAUUGGGCUUCCGAAUGUUUGUUUCAUUAGAAGAAACAAAGACGAACGAGUUAUCAGAAAGUGAGUUUUUGAAGGCACAAGUCGAAUUUGACCAGGUAUUUAUCUGUCUGUUGUUUCAACUUGCAACCCCUUACGUUCAAUCAAAGGUACAACAGACGGAAGUCAACGGUGCGACAACAUACUCAGAUGAGUAUUUUCAAAAGGUUGGGACCCUGUUGUCGAAUGUUUCACCUGCACUUAUGGACUCAGCAAAAUCAUACAUGCAGCAAGUUUCCAAUUUGUAUGCCAUGCUAAGGGUAUACGAAAAAUAGAUAUUUAUGGAUAUUUUCGUUAUGAGUAAUUUAUGUUUUAGUAAGCCGACACUGGUUUAACUUUUGUAUUUCA